AUGCUGCCGAGGCACGCGGGCCGCAGUGCCUCUAUUCACCAUGCGGCUGCUUUCAAGUCAAUUAGAACCUCUUCUCGACUCCCCUCUCUCUCAGCUUGCAUAUCUACAUUAAGCCCACGGAAUGACCUGGCAAAGAACCUGCGGCCAUGGCGUCGUGGGCUAGACCUUGGCUUCGGCUCGCACGAGCGAACGCUUGCUACAGCUGUGGACGACUUCAAGGUGGAGGGAAUGCCGUAUAACCACCUCUCAAACUCAUCAAUACCACCUUUCCAGGCACCGACAUCACCAUUCGAGAUUCACGCCUUCAACCCGGCAUCGCCUUUGACUAUACCUGAGCCGGGACCUGCAAGGCCUCAGACAAAAAUGAACACCUACGGCAUUCCUGGUGAACCUGAAGAUAUGCUCAUGGUAUUCGACGCAUGCAUCAAAGUAGGAAAAUUGGAAAGAGCAGCACUGGUGUUGAAGCGUCUUGGCACCGCUGGAACUACAUCCGACGAAGAGCGAAUCAUUCUCAACAACAGGUAUCUCCGAGCAUCUCUCCAACAAAUGCGCACCAAGCCCGAUCGAAAGCAAGCCGAGCAGCUCCACCAGUGGUACGAGCUACAAAUAAGAAGCAAGAAUUUGCCGCACACGGCCGAAACGAUUGCCUGUAUGCUCAAGGCAUCUCUACUUUCUGAGCGGGGCGCUAGAUUGGACCGUCUGGUAAAGCGAUACAUGGGAAUGGCACCCGACGAAGCUGGGUUACGGGUUCUUAGCAUGGAUGAAAUUCUAAGUGAUCAAGAUCUUGCCGUCAUUACCGAAAUCUGCCCAACAUACAACUUUGCGGCCGAUGAAGGUGACUUGGAAGACUCAACUUUGACGCCAGAAAAUGUUCCGGAGCUCAUUCCAACCCCGCAGCGAGGAGAAGGCCUCAAUACCCUAAAGAAAGGCCUUGGACUCUUGUUGGGGCUACAGGAUGUGGACAUUUCCAAGCUACCGUAUUCCGACAGAGUGGACAUUCAACUUCAGCUGGAAAGGGACUCAAUUGGUUCAGCAAUUGAGAAAUGGCGUCUCGACAAUAAGAAUCUACAGAAACGAGGCGUCACCACGGCUUUAUCGCCCUCUUCUAGAGAAGGCUCCAUGUCACAAAACAUGGCGUCGUGGAUGAGUGCUAUGGAAAGCCGCAUCCACCAAGAACUGCGAUUGAUUGAAUUGUCGGAAGCGAAAAAGUCAAAAUCUGACAAAGAUCUAACAAGAUGUGUCUACGGUCCGUUUAUCCAACAGGGUGAACCAGCACGUCUCGCAGCUGUAACGAUACUGUCAGUUGUCAACCUUGGAACCGUCCUUGGUGUUGAAAAGGGCAUCCCUAUAAGUAGGUUGAUCACGCAUAUCGCAAAAGCUGUCCAGGACGAUACCGAGAUGUACCAGAAAGAACUGGCCGAGAGAAAGGCUCGACGACAGCGGAAACUUCGCUUUGUGGGCGAGGCGGACAAAUCAAAGAAAAGCAAAAAGACUGUCAGCAAAGAUGCCAACCCAACUCUACUCGAUGCGACUGAGCAGCAGAAAGCCAUGGAAGAAAAUAGCCGGGAACCUUGGUCUAUACAAAUCAAAGCCCAAGUUGGCUCCAUCCUGCUCCAAAUGUUGAUCGAAUCUGCCAAAAUUAACGUUGUGGCAGAGGGUUCAACAUCUAAAGAGCUGAUUAGCCAAUACCAGCCUGCAUUCAAUCACCAAACGCUACUGCGAAAGGGCAAAAAGGUUGGAGCUCUCACUUUCAACACCCACUUGGUUGAGCAGCUGAAGCGCGAGCCAAUGGGCGAUUUCAUUGCCAAGCAUCUCCCCAUGGUUGUUGAACCCAAGCCUUGGUCGUCCUUCAGCGAAGGCGGAUUUUUGGACAGCAAAACUAGCCUUGUCCGAGUGAAGCCCGGAGACGUCGAGCAAAAGUUGUAUAGCAACGCGGCGAUCAAGCGUGGGGAUAUGACGCAGGUGUUCAAAGGCCUGGAUAUCUUGGGUAAAACAGCAUGGAUCAUUAAUAAGGAUACCUUGAAUGUUAUGAUGGAGGCGUGGAACAGUGGCGAAGAGAUUGCCGACAUACCCCCUCUCCACCCAAACUUGGAAACCCCAACAGAGCCGGAUGCUUCAGCCGACCCCCUUGUCCGGGGCAAAUGGAUUCGACAAGUUAAAGCGAUCGAGAACGAGCGAUCAGGCUUACACUCCCAGAGAUGUUUUAUGAAUCUGCAACUGGAGAUUGCACGAGCUUUCCGUAAUCAGACGAUAUAUUUCCCACACAAUGUCGACUACCGGGGAAGAGCUUAUCCUAUGCCAACUUAUCUCAACCACAUGGGUGCCGAUCAUGCGCGAGCCAUUUUGAAAUUCGCCAAAGGCAAAGAGUUGGGAGUGCGAGGUCUGCGGUGGCUGAAAAUUCAUUUGGCUAACGUGUACGGCCUUGACAAGGCCAGCUUUGAUGAACGUGAAGCCUUUGCGAAUGACAACGUGGAAAACAUUAUUGACUCCGCGACCAAUCCCUUGGCAGGCAGUAGAUGGUGGCUCAAGGGUGAAGACCCGUGGCAGUGUCUCUCCGCGUGUUUUGAACUCAAGGCCGCCCUUGAGCUUCCUGACCCCACAAAGUUUAUAUCACAUCUACCAGUUCACCAGGAUGGUACCUGUAACGGACUCCAACACUACGCAGCUCUCGGAGGUGACACAUGGGGAGCGAAGCAGGUUAAUUUGGAGCCUGGAGAGAGGCCUGCCGAUGUAUACUCUGCAGUCGCCAACCUGGUCAAGGAGGCCAUCGCUAAAGAUAUGGAGAAGGAGAACAAGUUUGCACUGGCGCUCCACGGAAAGAUAACCCGCAAAGUGGUUAAGCAGACUGUGAUGACGAACGUCUACGGUGUUACCUUUGCUGGAGCCAAGAAGCAAAUCUGCAAGCAAAUCGACGCCUUAUAUCCUAAUCUGGGCAAAGAAUGCGGCAUUUCCAACAUUCUCCUGUCCACGUAUAUUGCGAAGCAAGUCUUUCAAGCUCUUGCCACCAUGUUCAGGGGUGCCCACGACAUCCAGUAUUGGCUUGGAGAGAUUGGUGGGCGUGUGUGCCGAGCGCUGACUCCAGCUCAGCUACAGCAAAUUGUCGACUCGUACGGCGAGGGCGAGGAUGGUGCUUCUCGCGCUGGCAAAACCAGGAAAAGGGCACCCGCUGGAAAGAAGGGCGAAUUCGACGAUCUUAUCCAGCAGUUCCGUUCAUCUGUUGUUUGGACAACGCCACUUCGAAUGCCUGUCGUCCAACCUUAUCGCAAGACUACUGCACGAGAAAUCAAGACUUGUCUUCAAGCUGUCAUCUACCCUUUGAGCGACCAGACGGAUCCCGUCAAUAGGAGAAAGCAGCUUCAAGGAUUCCCUCCUAACUUCAUCCACUCUCUGGAUGCCAGUCACAUGUUGUUGUCAGCGCUGGAAUGCGAUGCGCGAGGACUCGACUUUGCUGCUGUCCACGAUUCAUUCUGGACACAUGCUGCAGAUCUUGAUGUUAUGAAUGAAGUCUUGCGAGAUGCUUUCAUCCGAAUUCACGAAGAGGAUGUCGUUGGCCGCUUGGGCGCCGAGUUCGAGGCCCGUCACCAGGGGUCUAUCUACCUUGCAAAGAUUGACCCCGAUACCCCGGUCGCUCAAAAGAUCAAGGAGCUACGCAAGAAGAGCAAACUGUCUCCCAAGGAGGAACUGCUCCUCGAGCAUAAGCGCAACCAGCUGAAACUCUCCGGGAACCCUUGGGACCUCGAAGCUGCCAAGCAAAUCGUCACCCCCGCAUCUGUGUAUGAGGACAUGAUGGCUGCUGAAGUCGACAUGGACAUCCAAGAGGACGCCAAGGAUAUUGGACUUGGUGCCAUUCCAGAAGAUGAGGCUCCCAGCGUCAGUGCAGAGGAGAUCGAGGCCCAAACCGGAGACUCCUCUCAAGCUGCGGAGCUGGCUGAGCGACUCAUGAAAGACAUGGAGUCGUCCUUCUUCGAAACCCAGAUUACGGGGCAGAAGAGUGUGGCUCCGGUCAAGAAGCAGAAGAAGACGCCGCUUCCUGUUUGGCUGCCGCUUACUAUCCCGAAGGUUCCUGAGAAGGGCGAUUUCGACGUGAAGCGCUUGAGAGAGAGCAAGUAUUUCUUCUCAUGA